AUGGUCUGGGAAUCAAGCGUGACACUCGUGGCAGCAGCAUUGGCUCUUUCCAAUCUAGUGAAUGGCCUACCGAACAGUCAUCCCAGUAAAAGCCAUUAUCCUGGCUGGGCAGGCAUCAAGCAUAUCUUUGCUUUUGGUGAUUCUUAUACUACCACAGGCUUCAACGUAUCUCUUGCGCAGCCAAGCCCUGCAAAUCCACUCGGCAACCCGACAUAUCCAGGUUACACAUCCUCCAAUGGGCCGAACUGGAUUGACUACCUGACGACAACCUACAACAAAUCAUUCAUCGAGACCAUCAACUUGGCAUACGGCGGCGCUACCGUCGAUUCCACUCUCGUAGCACCUUACAAACCCACCGUACUAUCAGUCAAAGAGCAAGUACAAACCGAAUACCUACCCAUCUACGCCUCGCAGUCCUCAAUCUUCCCCUGGACAUCAGACGACACCCUCUUCACAAUCUUCAUCGGUAUAAACGACAUCGGCAACAGCUACUCCUCUCAAAACGCAACACUCACCCCUACAAUCUUUUCCGAACUCUCCGGCCUAGUCGACCAACUCUACUCCACCGGCGCCCGCAACUUCCUCUUCCUAAAUGUACCUCCAGUCGACCAGUCUCCCCUCACCCAAGCCGCCGGCCCUGCCUCCCAAGCCCUCGAAGCUUCUGCGAUCUCCGACUGGAAUUCUCGCGUCGUCUCUCUGUCUAAAUCCCUAACUCACCGUCACUCGGACGUCACUUCCUUCGUCUUCGACACGAACAAAGUCUUCUCCCGCGUCAUCGAGCACCCUUGCGCAUACCCGCAGACUUGUGCGUAUCAGAAUACGACCCAAUAUUGUGAAGCUUAUCAGAAUGGAACACCCACGCCUACGAGUUUUAACGCUACGUGUGGGGUUUCGGUGGACAAGUAUUUGUGGUUGAAUAGUUUGCAUCCGACGUUUAGAAUGCAUGAGGCUAUUGCUUCGCAGAUUGUCAAGUUGAUCAAGUAG